CGGAUGUGAGCGCGUGUGUCUACAUCGAAACGUCACAAACUUCAGAUCUUUCUUUCCGGUGAGGCUCUUCAGGUGGACGCAUCGUAGUUUUUAUUAGUUGGACCAAAGUUUUCUCCAUCUUCCAACGAAAAUGAAAAUCUGGAAGGAUGUAUUCACCGGGGACGAAAUGUUCUCCGAUACGUACAAGGUGAAGCUGGUGGACGAUGUGAUGUACGAGGUGUACGGCAAGCACGUCUCCCGCACCUUGGGCGAUGUGCAGCUGGAUGGUGCCAACCCGUCCGCUGAGGAAGCCGACGAAGGUACGGAGGCGGCCACCGAAACCGGUGUGGAUAUCGUCCUGAACCACCGUCUGGUUGAAACCGGAUUUUCUGAUAAGAAGCAGUUCACCACCUACCUGAAGGACUACAUGAAGAAGCUUGUCACCCGGCUGGAAGAGAAAUCGCCCGGCGAUGUGGAAGUCUUCAAGACGAAUAUCAACAAAGUAAUGAAGGAUCUGCUCGGUCGCUUCAAGGACCUGCAGUUCUUCACCGGUGAAUCGAUGGACUGCGAAGGUCUGAUCGCCAUGUUGGAGUACCGUGAUAUCGAUGGCGAUUCUGUACCCGUUCUGCUUUGCUUCAAGCACGGUCUGGAGGAGGAGAAGUUCUAAGUGUGCGCGAUUUAGCGUUUGAGACAGUUCCCAGGCAUCGUA